AUGACGUCUUUUUUGCCGUCAUUCCAUUUUAAUGGCAAACGAAAACGUCGACAUCGUACGAUUUUCUCAGAAGAACAGUUACAGGUUUUGGAAGCGACUUUUACCGAAACACACUAUCCCGAUGUAUCAUUACGUGAAAAACUUGCUAUACAAUGUGAUCUGAAGGAAGAACGGGUAGAGGUCUGGUUCAAGAAUCGGCGCGCCAAAGAGCGUAAGCAGAAACGGGAGACAGGCAAGGAGGGAGCUGUGCCGAAGAUCACUGCUUCAGACGAAAGCGAUUGCGAUCUGAGCGACGAGGAUGAGGCGACGCGAGCAAAACGGGCGAAAGUUGCCGUCGUCAGCGACACGGCGUCGCCGACGAUGGCGACCACCACGACCGUCAAAUCGCCACCGUCGCCACUGCCACCUCCUCCACCACCCUCACAGCCAAAGAAGUCACCACCAGCCUAG